AUGGCAUUGGCAGGGGAGGGGGAUAAGGCGCCGCUUACUGCCGCAAUGUCGUCGGUGGCCGAGGAGGCGCCGAUGACCGCCGACCGGCCGGUCCCGGCAGACCUGGAGACGCGCAUUCCAAAGCCAUACUUGGCUCGUGCUCUGGUUGCGCCCGACGUGUACCAUCCUGAAGGAACCGAGGAGGCCGGGCACGACCACGGGCAGAUGAGCGUGCUGCAGCAGCAUGUGGCCUUCUUCGACCUGGAUCGCAACGGCGUCAUCUAUCCCUGGGAAACUUACGGAGGACUGAGGGCGCUGGGCUUCAACAUGAUCGUGUCCUUCAUCUUGGCAAUAGCCAUAAACUGUGGUCUGAGCUACCCAACUCUGCCCGGCUGGAUACCAUCUCCCCUGUUCCCGAUAUACAUCAAAAACAUCCACAGGGCUAAGCAUGGCAGCGAUACCGCAACUUAUGAUACGGAGGGAAGGUUCAUGCCGGUAAAUUUCGAGAGCAUAUUCAGCAAGAACGCCCGCACAGCGCCGGACAAGCUUACAUUUGGUGAGAUUUGGAGGAUGACAGAAGAUCAGAAGAUGGCGUUUGACUUCUUUGGACGUAUAGCUAAUAAGGGGGAGUGGAUAUUGCUAUACGUGCUUGCGAAAGACGAUGAAGGGUUCCUUUCGAGAGAGGCUAUUCGUCGCUGCUUCGAUGGAAGCCUCUUCGAGUUCAUUGCCCAGGAGAGGAAGGAAGCCCAUGAGAAGCACGAGUAG